CUAACUGUACCUGUUGAAACCUCCAGAGUUCCAGCCAGACCUGAGGCACUAGCAGGUGUGUAAAGCUGGUCAUACUUCUACGCUGCUUGAUUCAUUUCAUACACAGAAACAGAAGAGGCUGCUUGAUGUCGCUCUUACCAUACCUGCCUGUCACCUUCCCAGCGUUGGCUGAUGUUGCUGAGACUUCAGAGACUUCAGGGACUUCUUUCAGUACUCGCAGAAACCUCCCACACCCUGGUGAUGGCACACAGGGACUGUUUUCCUAUUCUUAGUCUGAAUGACUGCCAAGAAGGAAGGCAAAGGUGGAACAGUUGGGUGUCAGGCUUUCUCCAUACUUCUAAUCCUUAUUAAACUCCUUUCUGAGUCCAAGGACAAAGCUCACUUAACAAAUGACUUUGAAUCAUGAAUGAAAACUCUUGCUCUUUCCAUGAGAAAGAAUUAAGAGAUGGACAGGUUGAAAGUGUGUGUGCUGUGUGUCCUCCACCAUAUGACAAGGAAAACAGUGUUCUUCAGGCUUUCAGAGGAAUUCCUAUCUCAGAGUUGAAGAACCAUGGCAUCCUCCGGGCCCUGACCGCAGAAGCGAAUGGAUGGGAGCCAGGUGCUGUGAGUGUGGAGGUGCUCAGAGCCCAAGAAGAAUGGGAAGCUGUGGACAACAUCCGGACGGAGACAGGUCAGGCCAGCUCAGACCAGCCUGGGCAGCUAAUCUCCUUCAAUGAAGCCCUGCAGCAUUUCCAGACUGUGGACCUCUCUUCCUUCAAGAAAAGAAUUCAGCCAACUAUUCGAAGGACUGGGCUCGCUGCCCUCCGGCACUGCCUCUUCGGGCCUCCAAAGCUCCACCAGGGCCUCCGUGAAGAAAGGGACUUGGUCCUGACCAUUGCUCAGUGUGGCCUGGAUAACCAAGACCCAAUGCAUGGCCGAGUCCUCCAGACCAUCUAUAAGAAGCUGACUGGCUCCAAGUUUGACUGUGCCCUCUACGGAGACCACUGGGAAGAUCUGGGCUUUCAGGGAGCAAAUCCGGCCACAGACCUGAGAGGAGCAGGCUUCCUUGCCCUCUUGCACCUGCUGUACCUGGUGAUGGACUCGAAAACUUUGCUGAUGGCCCAGGAGAUUUUCCGCCUGUCUCGUCACCAUAUCCAGCAAUUCCCCUUCUGUUUGAUGUCCGUGAAUAUCACCCGCAUCGCAAUCCAGGCCUUAAGGGAGGAAUGUCUCUCCAGGGAGUGCAACCGGCAGCAAAAGGUGAUCCCGGUGGUGAACAGCUUCUACGCCGCCACCUUCCUCCGCCUCGCACACGUUUGGAGGACUCAGCAGAAGACCAUCGCAGACUCCGGCUUUGUCCUCAAAGACUUGGAGGUGUUGGCCAAGAAGAGCCCGAGGCGGCUGCUCAAGACCCUGGAAAUCUACCUGGCUGGAGUGUCAAAGGGACAGGCCUCAUUGUUGGGAACACAGAAGUGCUGUGGGCCACAAGCCUCUCACUCCAAGGAUCUCACCUUCACAGGCGUGUGUGACCUGCCACCACAUUCAUCCAAAGGCACGCGGCUGAUCUGACCAACCGGAGGCUGACAGAAAGACCCAGCUGCUGGGCCACAGGGGCUUUGGAAGGGCAAUUGGCACAUUAUGCCAAGUGUAUGCCGGCUGGACCUCCUUGGCGAAUCCAAGGACCCUCACCCGUGUGAGACAUUAGGGACAGUUAGACUCAUCCCAUUCCCCACAGACCUGCCUCCAGAGCGAUGAACUUGCCAUAAUUGGAAUUGAGCUACUUUAGAGUUGGUUUCCAGGUAAUCCCAGUGAGUGAACGGAUCAUGAGGCAGGAAAGCCCUACCUGGAUGUUCUACAUAUCUGCACAUCGAAAGAUAUGCCCACACAGAGGUGCCAGAAUUCUGACUCCCUGGGCGGCAGGCUCUCAGGCCCCGGGUGCCCACAGGACAGGGACCCUGUGGCUAGAAUUCGAAGGGAGGAGCAGUGGCAGCAGCCAACAGGGGACAGCAUGAACCAGAGCAACAGGUCUUCCUCUUCUUCCUCCACCAGGCUGAUAUGGGGCCCCUCUGGGGUUUCUGGCCUUGCACUCACCCCACCCUCACGUCUCCCCAUGCCUCAGCCCCGCUGUUGAGGAUACAGAAUCGGCUUUCGGCUGGGUGUCUCCACUGCCGCCUAUCCCCACUGCCCACCAGCUGGGCACCCCACUACUGCACAAACCCCACCCCAUGAAGGUGUGCGGUUGCCACCAGGGAUGGUUUUCUGGCCUGGAUGAAGGAGGAGGUUCACACAUCGGCAGUUUUUGAAUAAAAGAAUUGUCCUAGG